GCCUUCAUCUCUUUCCGCUACUUAACAAGAAAGAGGACUCCGCUGCAAGUGCCCUUAUUUCAGGCAGAGAAAUGGUACCACGAAGGUGCCUUGCUUUCGUCUGCAGUUCGGCACCAGAGUUCCCAGAGCACGUCACCGCAGCAAGGACUUGUUGCCAAAACCUCCCUGUCUUCUCCCCCCUGGCCUGAAGUGAAACUUCCAGAUCCGGUAGAAGAGGCGAAGCAUCAUGCAGAGGUGGUCCGGAAGGUGAAUGAGAUGAUCGCAGCGGGGCGGUACGGGAGGCUCUUUGCCGUGGUGCACUUUGCCAGCAAGCAGUGGAAAAUAACCAGCGAGGACUUGAUUAUGAUGGAUAACUCACUGGAGGCCGAAUGUGGAGACCGAAUCCGGAUGGAAAAGGUUUUGCUGGUCGGUGCUGACGACUUCACGCUUAUUGGGAGGCCGCUCCUGGGGAAAGAGCUUGUCCGCGUGGAGGCUACUGUGAUUGAGAAGACAGAGUCGUGGCCAAAAAUUAACAUGCGCUUCUGGAGGAGGCAUAGCUACCAAAGGAAGAAAAUCAUCAUGAACCCACAGGUUGUCCUUCGGAUAAACACCAUAGAAAUUUUCCCCCGUUUGUCGUGA